UUUUGUAAAGCCUUCACUUUUCUCGUAGAUCGGAGGAGCUUCUUCUCCUUCUUCUUUCUCAUUCAUUCGAGUAUCAUAUUCUCUCUCAAUUUUCGGCCUGAUCACUUGAGCCUUCAGAUAAACAGUGAUAUCCCGAUAGAUAGUCAACCGGUGAUUUGUACCAUGUCUUCAAGUAAGAUUCGAAAGGCGAUCGGAGUGGUUAAAGACCAAACCAGUAUAAGCAUAGCCAAAGUCUCAGGGAACGUCGCGCCUGAUCUCGAGGUGCUUAUCGUCAAAGCAACAGGUCACCGCACUGAGCCAACCGAAGAAAAGUACAUAAGAGAGAUUCUCCAUCUCACAUCUCAAUCUAGAGGAUACGUAAGCGCUUGCGUUUACAACAUUUCGAAACGGUUGAGCAAAACCCACGAUUGGGCCGUUGCAUUGAAGGCGUUAAUGCUCGUACACCGGUUACUAGUCGAUGGAGAUCCAGUGUUCAGUCAAGAAAUAAUGUUCGCUAGCCGAAAAGGGGCUAGAGUUCUAAACAUGUCGGAUUUUCGCGUUGAGGCUCUUUCAAACUACUGGGAUCAUUCAGGGUUUGUGAAGAAUUACGGAAUGUAUCUUGAUCAAAAGCUUGAAUUAAUCGCAUUCGAACGAAAGCUAACCCCUGUAGGGUUUAGAGACGAUCACGGGUAUGGAAUUAGUCAUAAGCCAAAAUAUUACGGUGAAUUAGACGAGUCGGUAAGAACAACUCCUGUGCGGGAUAUGAAACCGGAUCGGGUUUUGGAACGGUUGAAUAUACUGCUUCGGCUUAUCGAUCGUGUGUUGUCGUGUAGGCCAGCCGGAAGAGCAAAAAGUAGUAAAAUGGUGCUUGUUGCUUUGUACCUUGUGUUACGAGAAAGUUUUCGGAUUUACGCUGAUAUAUGCGAGGCGUUAGGUGUUUUGCUCGAUAGGUUUACGGAAAUGGAGUAUGGUAAUUGUGUCAAGACGUUCGAUCAAUACGUUAUUGCAGCUAAAAGGAUUGACGAGCUCGUUGACUUUUACAGUUGGUCAAAGGAGUUGGGAGUCGCUCGAGCCACAGAGUUCCCCGAGGUGCAACAGGUUACCGAUAAGAUUUUAGGAACGCUAGAGCGGUUUUUAAUCGAAAAGAAGAAUAAGCUCAAGAAGAAUAUGGAAGAAUGUUGUAAUGAAAACGGACCGUCACCGCCAGCAGCAGUUGCCACAAUGGAAGACCUGUUGAAUCUGAAUGAUGACCGAGUGCCGCCAGCGGAUAACGAUGGUAAUAUGCUGGCGCUUGCUUUGUUUUCCGGGCCGAAAACGGUUGAAACUAAGGAUACAUGGGAAGUUUUUGAGUGUGACAAGGCGGCUGCAAGGCGGUCAUCGGUGGGGGCGGGUGGAAAAGCCGACUGGGAGCUAGCAUUGGUGGAAUCCGCUAGUAACAACCUACCGACGACACAUAAGGCGGGUCCCGGUGGUCUUGAUCCGGUAAUGCUGAAUGGCAUAUAUGAUCAAGGAACAAUGACACAACACAUGGGCUACAAUCAGGUACAUGCACCACCCGUGUUAGCAUUGCCUGCGCCCAAUGAGAAGGCGGGACCGGUGGUGGACCCACAAGACCCUUUUGCGGCGUCUCUGAUGGUCCCACCACCGUCAUACGUCCAGCUGGCGGACAUGGAAAAGAAAAAGGGGUUUCUUGUGCAGGAGCAACAACAGGUGUGGCAACCAUAUGGAGGCAAUGUGGGGAAGAUUAAUGGUGGUUAUAAUGGUAUGGGAUAUACCUAUGCACAUUAUUGAUCAAGUUCUUCAUAUUAUUAAUAUUUUUUAUGCAUAAUCCUACAAAAAUUCUUUAUAACGAACUUUUUUUACUUGUUUUACAUCCGAGUUGUGUAAAAAGAAACUUAUUCAUGAAAUAAAAUUUCCGUCGUAUCA